UCCUCUUUCUCACAUAACUCAGCGUCACAGGCUCCAGCUCUGAUCCCUCACCAUCGCUGUGUCGCCUUCGUUUCUUCGCCGGCCACCGCCGCGUCUCCGUUCUGCUCCGUUCUUCGCCUUCUCCACCUCGUCUCCAGUGCUCCGUUCUUCUCUUCGCUCAAUCACCGCCGCAUCUCCAUUUUGCUCCGUUCUCCUCUGAACUUUCUGGAGAUUUUCCCAAGCCUGGUUAGAAAUGACACAACGUUCUCAUGUACCAAAAUUUGGCAAUUGGGAAAGUGGAGAUAAUGUUCCUUAUACAGCUUAUUUUGACAAGGCCCGGAAAGGUCGAACAGGCACAAAGAUGAUAAACCCGAAUGACCCUGAGGAGAAUCCGGAUUUAUCAUUUGAUAAUUCAUCAUCUGAUCAGCUACCUCCGGUCAAACUGAGAGCUGAUUCAGAGCCUCCAUCUGGAAAGGGAUCAGCGAGAUCAUCAAAUGAGUUACAGAAGAGCAACGAUGACGGUAAUCCUAAGCCUUUUGUUGACUCUCCUGCUCGUCAAGCAGGCCAUGGAGUAGGUUCUGCUGAUAACCGCAGAAGACCUUCUAGACAAAGUACUGGUUCUGAAUACAGCAUUGAACGUUCUCCCCUUCAUCGCCAGGCUAGAGCACCCGGCAGGGAUAGUCCAUCAUGGGAAGGAAAGAAUUCCUAUGAUAGCAGCCACGGAACACCAGGAAGAUCUCGGUUAAGACCAGCCAAUCGUGGCGAUGAAACUCCUGACAAAGGAGCAGCUGUUCCAAAGUUUGGUGAGUGGGAUGUUAGUAACCCUGCAUCAGCUGAUGGCUAUACUCACAUUUUUAACAAAGUGAGGGAGGAGAGACAGGGUGGGGCUGGAGUUACUCCAGGAACACCUAACCAGAGACCACACCUUAUCCGGAACCAACCUAGCAAUGACAAACCACAGUGUUGCUGCUUUUGGUGGAGCAACAAAUGAUCAUUUGGAUGUGUGAAUUAUUUUCUCAACAGAUAAGAGAUCAAAGGGGGAGAAAAUAGUGUGAAUGAUCAUGAGGGGUGUGUAGCACUUGUAAAUAUUCAAGGCUCUCUCUUUCUCUGUCCCUGCAGGGAAAGACAAAGUAAAUGGUCAAAUUAGUUCCUGAAAAAUCACUCAUUCUCAUUGGUCCCUGAAAGAUUUUUUUAAUCAAAUUCGUCCUUUAAAGAUUUUAAAUUAGUCAUGCUAGUUAUUCUGUCACAUUGUUUGUUAAUGAUGUCAAAAUUUGCUAAUGUGACACGUUAAGUAACACCCUAACACACACCUAGAAGUCUUAAUUGACUAUUAACAUGAUUAAUUUAUAAAAUUAGAUAAAAUCAAUUCCAAUGCCUUAAAUUCUCCCCACAAUUAGGUUUUGAUUUGAUCUAAUUUUAUAAAUUUAUUAUGUUAAUAGUCAAUUAAGACUGAUAGGUAUGUGUUGGAGUGUCAUUUAAUGUGUCACAUAAGCAAAUUUGACACUAUCAACAAACAAAAUAACAGAAUAACUAAUAUGACUAAUUUAAAAUCUUUAAAGGACGAAUUUGAUUAAAAAAAUUUUUUAGAGACCAAUUUAAAAAACGAGUGAUAUUUCAGGGACUAAUUUAACUAUUUACUUGAAAAAGACAUGAUUGAAGUGCAUUUAUUA